GAGACGCCAUUACAGGGUGGAGAUCUGAGCUGAAACACGAAUGUUUACUGGAAUCUAAAGAAAAAUCUGAAGAAACUUUGACCUGGUGAGUUCUGGUUCUGGAGGAUUUCAGAACAAAAUGGCUGAAAACACUGCUCUGUUUGAACGAUACCUGAGCUGCCAUGUUUGUUCAGAGACGUUCAGAGAUCCUGUGUCUCUGAGCUGCAACCACAGCUUCUGUUCAAGCUGCCUGAAGAAAUUCUGGGAACAAACUGCAAACAAGAACUGUCCCAUCUGUAGAAGAAGAUCUUCUAAGGGGGAUCCACUUGUUAACUUCACUCUGAAGGAACUGGCUGAUUCUUUCACUGGAAGACAGAAACCUGGAUCAUCAGAGACAGAAACAGGAGCAAAGCAGCUGAUGGUCUGCAGGAAACACCARGAAGACCCUAAACUGUUCUGUGAAGACGAGCAGAGAGCUGUGUGUCCUGUCUGUGASUUUUCUCUCCACCAGAGUCACAAAGUGGUUCCUGUUGAACAAGCAGUCAGAGAUCUGAAGGAGCAGCUGGAAUCKGACUUAAAGUCUCUGCAGGACAAGAGGAAGAAACACAAACAAGUGGAGAAAACAUACGAUGAUGUGGUUCAACACUCAGUCUGGGAGAAGAUGAAGGACCAGGUGAAGUUCAGCCCCGUCAUUCUGGACCCAAACACUGCAGAAGGAUGGAUCCACCUGUCUGAUGAUCUGACCAGAGUGAAACGUGGAGACACAUGGCAGCAACUUCCUGAUAAUCCAGAGAGAAACACUGGGUAUACACGAGUUUUUGGUUCUGAGGGCUUCAGCUCAGGGAAGCACAGCUGGGAGGUGGAGGUGGGAGAUCAUCCUGGCUGGAAUAUCGGUUUGGCUAAAGAGUCUGUUGACAGGAAGGGAGAGAUAUAUGCUUCACCAGAAUAUGGAAUCUGGUGUUUACGGCAUCGUGAUGGAGAAUACACUAAUGGUACUGUUGGUAAAACUGUGUCAGUGAAUAAGAGUCUCCAGAGGAUCAGAGUCCAGCUGGACUAUGACAGAGGGGAGGUUUCCUUCUACGACUGUGAAGACAAGAGUCACAUCUACACUCACAGAGACACUUUCAGUGAGAAACUCUUCCCUUAUUUAGCUGUUGGAAAAGCUGCUUAUGCCAAAACAUCUGAGAUCAAAAUCUGUCAACCUGAGAUUUCUGUUUAA